UGUUCUUUUUGGCCAAAAACAUCUCCAUCUCCUAACCCUGCCAUGUACUUCCUGCCUCAAAUCUUUGUUGCUGUUAGCUUUAAACAUAUGAAUACAUAAGAAAGUUUAUAUUGCCUGUUUAUAUUUCUUUUACAUUUUCAUUCCCCCUAUAUAUUUGUCUUCCAUCUGUCUGUUUCUGCCCUCCCAAUGUUUGACCAUUUACUCAUUUACUCUUAGUGGAUGAAUGUCUAUUGACGACCUGCAACGUCCAGGUCUAUGGUAGAUGAUGGUAAUACCAAGUCAUGACCCAGCAGCACCUUCAAAGAGCUUAUGAAUUAGUAGAGAAUUCAUACAGAUAAGGAAGAAGUUACAAAGAUGUGGAAGGAAUGACUACGACCAACGAGCAUGAAGGUGGGUUCUUCACCACGAGCGCCACCUGGGAAGCCCAGUUAGGAAAAUACAUUGUGCUAAUUCUCCAGAAAGGCCUGUUAUUACAUUGAAGAUUCAGAAGCGCCUAUGUUUCAUUCAUUCUUCCAAGACCAAGCUGAUGUGAAGAGGGAGCAUGCAAAGCAGUUCAUAAAAUAUCUAAGAAAAUAUAAGUGUAAAAUCUGCCUUCCGGUGAUUAAGAGGCCUGAUAUAGAUAACUGGGGAACUGGUAAACAAGCUAUACUGUCUGCUCUGCAGUUGGAGAAUUCGUUAAAUACGCUGCUGCAAGACCUGAAAGCCUCAGCUUCUAGGAAUAGAGAAACCAAUCUCUUACGCUUCAUGAAGAAGUUCCUGGAUGAACAGACCAGGAACAUAAGCUAUCUGGAAUACCAGCUUAAGUAUCAGAAAGAGUUGGAAACGUCAGCCCAGAGUGAAGGACAGCCUGAAAAUGCUGCCGGACCAUCUGGAGCAUCAGGUCAAGAGACAGAAUCUGCCGGCAACUCUCCAAGUCCUCCUGCCCAGAAGAUCCCAAAGCCAGCCACUUAAGAAUCCUGAUCUCCAUUUGACAGAAGUAUGCUUUUCUUUUCAUCUCGGAUCCUAAUCCUCCUUGUUGUACAUGCAAAUAAAUGCAUUUUGCAUUAUGA